AUGGCCGUGUUAGGGCCUUGUGUGAAUGUAAAUAUGAACGGUCAAAGUAAUAUUCAUAGUCAGUUAACAAAAUCAUUAGAGAGAAUUCUCGAGGAUGCAUAUUUAAGUGGCGAAUUAAAACUUAGUGGACGUAAGCUGAGAGAAUUUCCAAAGCCAGUGAAGUUUGAUUUGAGUGAUACAGUUGUUGCUGAUUUAUCGAAAAAUCGCUUCUGUGAAGUGCCUGAAGAAGUGACGACGUACAUUUUUUUAGAAAAGUUGUUGUUAUCUCAAAAUAUACUAAGGAAUCUACCUGAUGCAGUCGGCGGUCUACAGUCUCUCACAUUCUUGGAUCUCAGUUCAAAUCAGCUCACCGAGUUGCCUCGAGAAAUAUGUCAAAUGCCGCUACAAGUUCUACUAGUACCAGACAACCUCCUAACAACGUUGCCAAAGGAAAUCGGGAAGAUGACGACUCUAGCGGAGCUGGUGGCGUCAAACAAUAGGCUUACGCAAGUGCCGAUGACGCUGGGCGACUGUGCUGGUCUGCGGGCGUUGGAUCUUAGCAAUAAUCAACUAGGAUUGUUACCUUUACAGGUGACAUACCUUCGGCUGGAGCAUUUGGACAUCAGCUGCAACUGUAUCUCUUCCCUGCCUCUGGAGCUGCGCAACAUGAGCACCCUCAUCACGCUGAACCUGGACAAUAACCCUCUUGUAUCCCCUCCCACAACGGUGUGCAUGCGCGGGCGCGUGCACAUAUUUAAAUACCUAGAAAACAUGGCGAACAAAGACACUCCGGCACACCGACGUGUCGAAGACACCCGCCGAACCGCCAAACACACCUCCUACCUUAACAGUCCAACGACCAACCAAAUAACGUCAGGCAAUGCCACGAUAGACUGCCUCAGGCAUAAGCCCAGACAUGUCGUGGAUAGCGGGUACAGCACUGAUGGGAUGGAGAAAAGGUGGUCAAAUGACGGCGGAGGUGAAGCUGGCGGAGGGUCCGGUCGCUCCACGCCCAGCACGCCAUCCACCCUGUCUCCCGGCGCAGCGCUAUCGCGGGCACAGUCACUGUCCAGCGAAUCCCCUUUACCACAAUUGACUCCGCUUCUCACUGGCCUCCGUAUAUCACCCGAAGGGAACAUGUCCAAUGGCGACGAUAAGAGUAAAUUAGCCCAUCAGCAAACCUACAGGCAAUACAAAGAAGCUUUAAGACAACAACGCCAGCAAGACAUCUACCGCCCCCGCACCGACCAGUCGUCACCCGACGUGUCCCCGCACCAGAGCCCCGCACACCCCCCCUCCCCCAACGGCCACAGUAACGUAUCCCCCCUCUACUCCCCGCGCUCCACCAGCAUCUCCCCCAACUCCUCGCAGGUGCCAAACUCCCCCCUCCUCCACUCCACCCCGAGAAGAUUCCAAAACCAGAAUGGAAACUCAGAAAAAGAAGAGAACAAGCGGCCGGUCCAGAAAGUGGUGCCGUCGAGAAACGUCAACAAGAUCUAUUCGGCGGUGAACGGGAACGUGGAGUACGGGCGGACGAACGGCCACGAUACGUACACGAAACCCACGUCGCCCACUAAGUCCCCGACGAAUACUUUAGGUUAUAAUAGUAUAGGCACAAAAUCCAACAUCCCGCGGCAAACCAACGGCGACCCAAAGCUACUAACAACAACGGUGUCAUACCUCAAAGGCGCCGCGCCCAAGCCCGCCGGCAAAGUGCCGUGGAGUAAGGACGACAAACUCAGCUUUACCAUGAAGAGGGAAUUCGAUAAGCAGAAGGAGGAAUCAGAUUUGUUGGCACAGUUGAGGACGAUAAUCGAAAGCCGGUUAAAGAUGAGCUUACCUGAGCAACUGGCACCAGUAUUGGCUGAUGGUGUGGUUCUCUGCCACCUCGCGAAUCAUGUUCGGCCGCGCUCUGUGGCUUCUGUACAUGUACCAUCUCCUGCGCAGCCCAAGCUAACAAUGGCGAGAUGCAGGCGGAAUGUCGACAACUUCCUGGAAGCGUGUAGAAGGAUCGGAGUCGAAGAAGAAAACAUCUGCUCGCCCGAUGACAUUCUGGGCCCGGAGCGAGAGCGGGACGACACCAUCCUACCUCUCGCUCGCACUGUAUGCGCCCUGCUCGCACACGCCACGCCGCGAAAGGAUAACCAAUCAGAGCACUUCCAUUACGACCAAUCACAAGAGGAAUACGAGUAUUACCGAAGCGAUGUCGCGAACUCCAUCGAAGUGAACUAUUAUCAAAGAACAGUGGGCAGGUAUGCUGAAGAAAGAGUAGUGAGCAACUUCAACACAUUCACUGAAUAUCAGAGCCAAAACUACACUAUAGAUGAAGCUGACGAAUACCAAAACUAUGAAAACAACAACACAGACGCACACUACUCACCAGUGUACGACGGCGUAAGGAACAGAGGGCCUUACUACCACAAGAAUCGAGUUCAAUUCGUCACACCAUUUUUCAAAGGAGACGGUCUUCUCAAAAGCGAUAAUUUCGACAUAUACGACACUGACGAAGUAGAUUUCCCAAUCGAAUUGAGUCAAGAAGACACGGAGAGAUACGACAGGGGUAAAAUGAAUUUAGAUAUACAGAACAAUUUGAACAGGGAUCUGACCAUAGAGACUGAAGCUAUGAAGAAGGAGAGGCUGUUAUUCACUUGUCUAUGCCUUGGCGCGUUUUUCGUGUCCACCAUCUUGCUAUAUUUUAUCCUUUAUAAUUUGAUGCAAUAAUAUUUAGAUCUGGGUAUGUACUGAUGGUAAAGGACGGAAAGCACGAAGAAUUUCGUACAUUAACCUGUCAUUACCUAUCUCUAUCGCACACGCAUAAUUAUAUUGCUGUCCCGCUCAUGAGGUUAAUGCUACUGAGCGAGAGGUAUAUCCAAACAUAUAACUAUUAUGUGAUAGGAAGAGAAAAUUACCGACCUAUGUUCGAAAAUUUUCGUGCUUGGGUAUCUUUAUUUAGGUAGAUUUGUAGCAAAUGUUAGAUCAUGGAAAGUAUUAAGAUUUGUGAUUGUAUAUGGGGCAUAUAUAGAUUGUUAAUCGUUAGGAAAAUGUAAUGGCUUUUUGGCUGGACAAUAUUACUAGUAAGGUAGGAACAACGUUUCAAAGGUAUACGUACGAGUAUUUGGUAACAUCUGAAGUUGACUUUUUAUGAAAUGAGAUAUUUAUUCCAAAAUCAACCUUCGUGCAUCCUAACAAGAUGACGUGUAAAACGUAAAAUUAUAUUUAAAUGACAAAUACACACACCCACACUAACUAAACAUUAAUAAAUUAUUAUUUUAUUUGACUCUGAGCAGGUAUUUAAAAUGAAUUUCUAUCUCUAAAGGUCAACCGAAGUGUGUCUUCGAAAAGAAACAAAUAUCUUUGAAACGUUAAAUGUGGUCCAGUGAUGAACAAGUAGGUUAUGAACCUAAAUGUAUUGUUGUAGUAAUGGUAUCAGGCAUCAGUACAUGCCUAGGUAUACUAAAACGCCUUAUACAACACUGUGAUUUGAUUUUCAUUGAAUGAGGCUGGUUCAGAAAGAGGCUGAAGGAAUUUUCACUGUAUUAAGGAAUUUCUACUUACAGGGGAACAACUUUUGAUGUAAUUUUUUGUAUUAAAAUUCCAAUUUUUAUGUAUUCAUUCCGCUGAAAAGGCAUUUCUGCACUGAUUAGGUUUAAUUUUGAUUGGUUGAUUUUUUUAUUGAUUGGUGAGUGUUUUUUUUAAAGUCUCGAAUGAAAUUUGAUAGUUUUAAGGUGUUCUGGUAACGAGUUUAGUUCGGUACUUAUGAUUUAAAAUUAUGUUUUGCUAAUAUAUUGUAUAUCGAGGAAAUAUUACAUUUUUAAACUAAAUUACUAAGCUAGCAUCGCGAAGACUUUGUAGCGUAUAUUUUCUAAUUUUCUUCGACUAAAUUUGAUCUUUCUUCUUUGGUAAUAAAAUGCUAGACUAGAAUCAUUUAAUAUUAGCAAUUCACAUCGUCAUUUGGCUGCGUCUCUUUCGUUUGCCGUAUAAACGUAAAGGAUGCAACACCAACAUAAAUAAAGCGAUGUGUGUUGCAGACAUAAAAAUAAUUUUGUACAUUGACCCGUCUGUUGCUAUCUCUGUCGUAUGCAUGUAAUUUUAUUAGUGUCUCGCUCAUGGUUCCGGCGAUCAAUGCCACCGUGCGAGAAAAAGAGGAAUAUAAAUACGCGUGUGCGAUAGAGAUAGAAGCAAGCGGGGACAGUGUAUUAAAUUAGCCGUUUUAGCGUCCAUACAUAAUUUGAAUGAAUAGAAUUGACUAGUCGAAAAGUCAAAAUUGACUUGGAACAUUUCGUUGCCAUGAUACCUCUUCGUCAUUCUUUUGAUUGUAUGAUUGUUUUGUCUUUUCCACGGAUCUCACUUGUUUGUUUAUUGACAGAGCUAUAGUAGAUUUAGUUUUUUCUUACCGCCUACUAACGGUCCUGUGAGUAAUCGUAAAAGUGAGACGGUAUUAGCUUUUAUAUACUUUCUCACUCUUCACUUUUGCUCAGAGGACCGUGAGUGCUAGGUUUUAUUAUAAUGCAAUAUAGUUGUAAGUCAGAAUACAAUAUAUGACACAUUUGCAUUAUAAUGUCGUGUACACAUUGAGCAAACGGAUGCUUGCUAUAUCUUUGAGAUAGCUUCUACAUUGCUUAUGAAUUGGUUGGUUCAAUGUGGACUCGCUCUUAAAUUAUAAUGCUACACCACUGCAAUAAAACACUUAGGAUAGAAUCUCUAAAGACCCUGGUGAAAUCAACUUUACAAUAUGGCCCUUAUUUUCAGACAGUUUUAAAUCAAAUUAUCAUCCUAUAAGUCAAGCCUGUAGCUUCUAAAGAUAGGAAUAUCAUAAUGAAUUCAGUGAGACAAAUUUUCAAUCAAAUAAUAAUAAUUGUCUAAGAAGAUAUACUUGUUUAUUCAUUUUAAUUUCAUUACUAUACACCCCGUGAACAAAGUACUCCGCCGUAUCAGUAUGUUCGCAUUUUUUCAUGCUAUUUCAUUUCAAACAUCACCAGGGUCAAUAACUCUAAUAAACAUGACGUAAUCUUCCACCAAAAUAUAUGCUAAAAAAAUCCUAAAGUACAAUGUUAAAAACCUCAUUUUGAUGGUAAAUGUGGUGCAAAAUGAAUAAUAAAAUAAAGGGUAGAAGGAUAGAAGUAAGGUAGCUUAGCUGUUUAUUGGAUCAUAAUAUUUCUUAUAAAAUAAGAGUUGUAUGCCUUAAUCGAAACUUCAUAUCGUUAUUGUAUUAACAAUGCAAAGAAGUAAAAUUAGUGCUAAAAUAUUUAAAUUCUGUUUUUUGUUAUAGACACAGCGGCAAAGUUUUUAAUACAAAAUGUUUGCUUUAAAAUGGCUUAAAAUUCUAUGACAUAAGCAGUUUAUUGCUUAUAAGCUUAUGUAGAAAGUAUACGUCAAGCUAGAAGGUUAGGUCUUUUUUUGCCACUUUUUUUGCGAGGGCUAAAGUGCUGUGUCUAUGCAAAAAUAGCCAAAUAUCUAUAGGCGUUCAAGCAAAUCUUG